AUGUCCUACUCAUACGCUACACCCGGCCAUUCCGGUGCCGCUUAUUACGGCUUCUCGACCAGCACUACUCCAUCGCCUGCUGGUUCCCCAUCUGCAUCCCCAGGAUAUUCCUCACGAAACCCAUUCCGAACCCACUCUCGACACGCAAGUUAUGCAGAUACUUCUACUUACAGACCAUCUGCUACUGAGGCGAGGCCAUUCUCCCCUAGAUUUACUUCAAACGGAUAUUACGCCACUGGUGCUGGUCCAAAUAGCCCCAAGUAUGCUGAAGACCCUGAGUCAUCGCCAUACAGACAUCGUCGACAAGCUUCAGCUGCAUCUACACCCCAACGACCAGCGACCACUCGACCAGGUGCGACUCGACCCACAGCCACACCAUCAAGGAGUAAACCUCAACCGCCCCCAGAAAAGGCAACCGAAGACGAUGCGCGCCGGCAUCACAUUCCACCCGGUUAUUCUUUGAAGAAUUGGGACCCUACCGAAGAACCUAUCAUGCUUCUCGGUAGUGUUUUUGAUGCGAACAGUCUUGGUAAAUGGAUUUACGAUUGGACUGUCUAUCAUCAUGGUCCCGCCACCCCACUAUCUGACAUGGCCGGUGAGCUAUGGCUUUUACUCAUUCAACUAGCCGGCAAGGUCAAGCGCGCGGAGGAAUGCAUGCCACGUAUCCGACAACAAGAUAACCGCGAGAUGGUUGAGGAUUUCAUUGAAUCCGGAGAACGCUUGACGGAUAAACUGAAGAAGUUGCUUAAGGCAUGUGAAGCACCCAUGUUGAAGGCUGGUCGAAGUGGAACCAAGUCUACGACAACACAACUCGGCAAGAAUGCCGGUACAGAAUUCGUCGAUUCAAUCUUCGGACGCGAUAGACAACUUGAACAGACCGAGAAGUUCAUGGCAUCAGUUAGAUUAUGGAAUAUGCGAUUCGACGCCAACUGUGAAGAAAUUCUCCGUAAGCCGGGUCAACAUGCUUAA